GAAUGUGAAGUUUUGCGUAGCCUUCGCCAUAGGAAUCUCGUGAAAGUCAUCACUAGUUGCUCCAACCUUGAUUUUAAGGCUUUAGUGCUCGAGUAUAUGCCUAAUGGAAGUCUUGACAAGUAUUUGUAUUCGCACAACUACUUCCUAGACAUCAUGCAGAGACUAAGUAUUAUGAUAGAUGUGGCAUGUGCGUUGGAAUAUUUCCAUCAUGGAUGCUCCUCUCCUGUGAUUCAUUGCGAUAUAAAGCCUAGUAACGUCUUGUUGGAUGAGGAUAUGGUUGCCCACCUAAGCGACUUUGGUAUUUCAAAAUUGCUCGGUGAAGAUGAGAGUGAUUUAUACACAAAAACCUUAGCAACAUUUGGUUAUAUAGCACCGGAGUAUGGACUGGAUGGACUGGUGUCAAUAAAAUGUGAUGUCUAUAGUUACGGGAUUAUGUUGCUGGAAACAUUUACUAGGAGAAAGCCUAGUGAGUUUGAGGGAAAUCUUAGCAUGAAGCAAUGGGUGAGUUAUUCACUCCCAGAGGCAGUAAUGGACGUUAUGGAUGCCAACCUGGUUACACCAAUGGAUAAUCGCUUACAGAAGGAGCUAGAUGUUAUGGCAUCAAUCAUGAAAGUGGCAUUAGAUUGCUGUGCUGAAUCUCUGGCAAGAAGGACAAACAUGAAAGAUGUUGUAGGGAUGCUACAGAAGAUCAAGAUUCAACUUCUUGCAUGCUGAGCAUUUUCUCAGAAUCUCUUGUUUCAAAUCGAUCACUUUUUCUGUUUUGCUUUAGCACUUGAUUUGUGCAUGAUUCUGUUUUCAGAAAUGCUAGUUGGUUGCAAUAAAUGUCACUGU